CCUCUGGGGGCAGCCUAGUGUCGGGCAGCUAAGGGCUGAAUCAGGCGCAAUCCCAGAUUUUACCACGAACGGACCCCAACCUGGCUGACAUCAUUGCGUCUGGUGAUAUAGAUAGAUCCGUAGUACCUCCUCCUUCCUCCUCUCAUCCAUUUGGAGCAGCCUGUGUGUGUGCAGUCAGUGGCACUUAAUCACAGAGCGCACCAAGGCAGGAGGCGGACCGUCGGGCGUGAACGAAAUAGUAACGGUGCACCGGAGAGGCAGCAGUGUGCGGGACAACGCAGGGAGAGGAGCUAUCCACAGGACGUUUUUUCAGCAGCCGCUCUCGGUUGUUCCUCGUCUUCCUCCUCCACUGGAUCAAGUGUUGCAGGUUUUAUUUUAUUUUUUAAAAUCUCCGUCCCGUUUCGGUUGUCUUCUCUCUCUCUCGCGUCCGACUCGUUCGCCGCCAGUGCUUCGUUGGAGAUGUCCAAAAAAAGACCAGCCGAGCCGGAGUCCCGGGUGAAACAGCAAGCUUCUCUGGGCAACAUGACUCGCCUCCCUUGUUUCUCACCGGAGUCUGUAGAAUGAAGACGGCUUAAAUAAAGUCCGGAGCAAAGCGCAAAGAUGUCGGUGCCUUUGCUAAAGAUCGGCGUCGUGCUCAGCACCAUGGCGAUGAUCACCAACUGGAUGUCGCAGACCCUCCCCUCUCUGGUGGGGCUCAAUACUACCAAGCUCACGGCGGCGCAGGGAGGGUACCCAGACCGGAGCACCGGAGUGUUGCCAGCAAACCCAGAGGAAUCGUGGCAGGUGUACAGUUCAGCCCAGGAUAGUGAGGGAAGGUGUGUCUGCACUGUGGUGGCGCCCCAGCAGUCCAUGUGUUCACGGGACGCCCGCACCAAACAACUGAGGCAGCUGUUAGAGAAGGUCCAGAACAUGACCCAGUCCAUCCAGGUGCUGGACCAGCGAACCCAGAGGGACCUGCAGUACGUGGAGAAGAUGGAGGUCCAGCUCCGCGGCCUGGAGACCAAGUUCAGGCAGGUGGAGGAGAACCACAAGCAGAACAUCGCCAAGCAAUACAAGGCCAUAAAAGCGAAAAUGGAGGAGCUUAGACCGUUGAUACCAGUGUUGGAGGAGUACAAAGCCGAUGCCAAAUUGGUAUUGCAGUUUAAGGAGGAGGUCCAGAAUCUGACGUCAGUUCUAAACGAACUUCAGGAGGAGAUGGGGGCCUAUGACUACGAGGAGCUCCACAACAGAGUGUCAAAUCUUGAGGAGAGACUCCGAGCAUGCAUGCAAAAAUUAGCAUGUGGCAAACUGACGGGCAUCAGUGAUCCCAUCACCAUCAAGACGUCUGGAUCCAGGUUUGGCUCCUGGAUGACUGACCCCCUGGCGCCUGAAGGAGAUACACGGGUCUGGUACAUGGAUGGUUAUCACAACAACCGCUUCGUGCGGGAGUACAGGUCGAUGCAGGACUUUAUGACGUCGGACAACUUUACGUCCCACCGGCUGCCCCACCCGUGGUCAGGAACUGGUCAGGUGGUCUACAACGGCUCUAUCUACUUCAACAAGUUCCAGAGCCACGUCAUUAUCAAGUUCGACUUCCGCACUUCUUCAAUCAGCAAGUCCCGGCAGCUUGACUACGCCGGCUUCAAUAAUGCGUAUCACUACGCCUGGGGUGGCCAUUCCGACAUUGACCUGAUGGUGGAUGAGGGAGGCUUGUGGGCUGUCUAUGCUACUAACCAGAACGCCGGCAACAUUGUCAUCAGCAAGCUGAACCCCAACACGCUGCAGAUCAUCAAGAGCUGGACCACCAACCACCCCAAAAGGAGUGCCGGCGAGUCUUUUAUGAUCUGUGGUACGCUCUACGUCACCAACGGCUACUCAGGAGGCACCAAGGUCUACUACGCUUACUCCACCAACUCUUCUACUUACGAGUACAUUGACAUUGCCUUCCAGAAUAAGUACUCACAUAUCUCCAUGCUGGACUACAACCCACGUGACCGCGCCCUCUAUGCCUGGAACAAUGGCCACCAGGUCCUCUACAAUGUCACAUUGUUCCACGUUAUCCGCUCAGAAGAACUGUAACUACGGAAAAUGGAUUACAUACAUAAAUACAUAUUGUCUGUGUAGAGAUCUCCCUAUAUACAAAAAUAUAUCUACGAAAGAAAAAGACUCUAUGGCAAGACCAUUCUAUUUAUAAUAUCAAAUAACUUUUACUGAGAGACUGCAUCAACAGUGAAUGCAAAGUGGAUUGAAUGUGCAUAUACAUGAGACUGAAAAAAAUCUAAAAUUGAAGGGUUUCAUUCCAAAAUGUGAUAUAUUUGUUAUAGAAAAAAUUAAUUUAUCAAUUAAUAUCACAAACUCACAGAUGAUUGUUAGAAAAACAGAACUGUUUUGUAAAUAAAGGUCUUAAUAUGACUUCUAACUUUAAUAGUUUCCCAUAGUAGACUUUAUUUUAAUAGCUGCCAUCUUUUUGUUAGAGGUGUUUUAUUUUGGAAUGAAACUCUUUAAUUGUUUGCCGCAUAGAAAAUGAUUGUAAAAGUAGACUAAUAUAUAAGAUUUAAAAGAACAAGAACAGAUGCCAAAAAAAAAACAUCACGCCUUUUUUUUUAAUAUGAUGGAAUAUCAACCUAAGCUCAUUCCUGUGGCUCCGGUUCUUCUGCAGAAACCCUCCCAGCUGAACUUUUCUUUUGGUCAAUGGGGGUCCUGAAAACGAAGACUGUUGGUAAUAAACUGUUGGAUCCCCAGGUCCCAUGGACAGACAGAGAGGUGGGGGGUCAAUCUUGUCAGAAGACUUGAUAGCCUAAUGGGUGACGUCUGUCAUAUUGUUUUUAUCAAGUACAGUAGCAAAUCAAAAGUCUGUAGAGAAACAGCAAACAACAAUAACAACAUCCACUAAAAGACCUGAAGGCACUGACUGUUGACAGCGCUGUUUUUUGAGAUGAUUUUCCUGUGUUAGUGACUAUGUGUGAAAAAGGCUUUCUUUGCAUGAGUGUUUUCUAUCACUCCGGUCUGCUCUUCUGAAUGUCUUUUGCUGUAUGAUACUAUUAAAAAAAAAAAGGAGGGAGGGAGGGGGAAUGAGGUAGAAUACCUUUGGGAUUUGAGGAUUUGCAAUAAUUAUUAACUUUUUUCCUGCUUCUUUGUAUUUAGUUCAUGUUUUGUUUAUUUCUGUUUCUUUGCAAUCAUUUUAUUUUUCAAAUGUUCUUGUAUCACUGUAACUGUUGGCACCGGUUCUGCCUCUCUGUAUUUGUUUAUUUGGACUGCGUGGGAGGAAUCUAUCUAGCUCACAUCUCUCUGAAGAAGAAAAAAAAAAUAAUAACAGAAUGUAUCAAGUAUUGUAUCCUGGGAACCUGGUCCUCCUAUCAUCAAUUCACAUCAUGCGCCUGUAGUAGGGAGAGUUUUCUUUUAGAGGAUAAUCCUGUCUCAUGUCAUGUUUCCCCCCCACUGCUAGUGAAGGAUAAUGCUGUUUAAAUGUAUACCCUUGCCGAGGGCAAAAGCUUUUCACUCUUUUUGCGCUUUGCUGGACAUGUGUUGUAUCUGAGAUGAGAUAGUUAAUGAUUCGUGUCAAUAAAACAGAGAAAUCUAA